GGGCGGGGGGAAGCGAAGAGGAAGAAAACCAUAGAGACGAACAGGCGGUGGCGGCUGGAGCGCCUCCGAGCUCUCUCGGCUCGGUAGGCUCAGGUAGCUUUGGCUGCGACGGGGCUGCGGCUGCAAAGGCCGGGCUGGCUGGGCGAGCGCGGGCCGCGGAGCAGGCCUCAGGAAGAGGCCCCUUCUCCGAAUGCUCUCAUGGAGGCAUUGGCUACAGUGUCCGAAUCUUGGAAAAGAAAGCCCCUUUCUCAAGGUGAAAGGAGUGUUGUGAACUUCUGAGGGCCUGAUCGAUAUUGGUGAACCAUUUGAUGUAAAAGACUUGACUCCAUAAUCUUCCAUCUGCCCUAAUGCUGUCAUCCGGAGUAGAGACUCAGCCAGUUCCACUUGAUUCCUCCAUGUCUGCCGGGGUACAGGAAUUAUACUCUGAACUCCCUGUGAGUGUCUCCAAAGAGCUUCAUGCUGACCCUGAGCCAAGUGUGAUUCCAGAUGUAAAACCCGGAGUCUCAAGCUCUCUCAUAAGUCAGAGUAGGGCAGUGCCCUUGGAGCUGCAGAGGACUCGUGCGGAAAGUUGUUGUGAAGAAACUUCUGGCACCUUGGAUCAUGGGGGUGAGCCUGGGGGGUGUGGGCUGGUGGACUCCACAGCAGGAGGUUCUGUGGCUUCGGGGAUCUUGGAUAGGGAAGAGAAAACCAAGAGCAUGGAGCUAAAGGUCUUCAGAGAUCAAGGGGACCAGGCGGAAAUUGUAAGAGACCCCUAUGAGGGAGCAAAGGAAGACCCACAUCAACAUUCCACAGCUGCUGAAGAAAAGAUCAGCCCAAGUCAGGAAGACCUCCUGAUGCAGUCAAGCAAAGAACGUUUAUGCACGGGCCUCCCUGAAGACUGUCUGAGGAGCAAAGAAGGAAAUGUACAAAUUACAACUGGAACUCUGCUAAAAUCUACUGAAGAAGUACAAGGUAUGAAGGUCAAUGGGACUAAGACGGAUUAUAGUGAAGGACACAAGAAUGGCAAUGUGAGUAAAGGUCUCUCAGCUGGGUGCAGCGAAUACCCAGAAAUAGACAAAAUCAUGACCAGUGGUGAGGUUUCAGAAGCCAGCACAUUAGUUUCCCUAGAGCCUUUAACGUUUGUGGACCCUGGAUUAACAGAAGCAACUUCUAAAGAAAAAGAAUGUGAAGAAUUAAAAACUUGUCCUUCUCGGUUGUCAUUGUUACCAGGGAACAGUGCCAUUUCCAAAGUGGACAAUGGGAAGGAAGAGGUAUGUAAGUUAAACUUUGUCUGGGAAGCAGAUGACAAUCACCGACAGAUUUUCAGCCACCAUAAUGAAAAACACAGUUCUGCCCAUGGCAGUCCCAAAGCCACGAGAAAUGUAGUUGUUGUAGAACCCUUAGAAGACAAAUCUGACAUUUCAUAUUUCUCGUCAAGCUUGUCUGGUCCAGAAUCUAGAACACCAUCCUUAGAAACAUGUGAUUUUGAAGGUGAUGGCUUGCCAAAGGGAUCUGCUGAAAAGACAGAUAAUUCCUGUUUUGAUGGGGAUGAUCAAAGCAAGAACGUGGCUACUAGAAAAGAAAAUGCACAGUUUUUGAACCCCAGGAGUGACAGUGGGGAACUCUUUCCUGUUAAUGCCAGUCAACCAGAAGAGGAUGCUUGUGGUCAUUGUCCUGGUGAAAAACAGACCGUUGCCUCCCCCAAAGAGAGUAUCUGUGGUCACUGUUGCAUUCAAGGUAGUAUCCUUACAGACAGCCCUAGUUCUUCAGUGCCGAGUUCUUUCACUGAAGCUGCAGAAGUAAUGUUAAAAAAAAAUGAUCUGAAAAUCACUUUAGACAUUCAGGGUAGCUUGACAAACCAUGAGGACCAUAGAGAAACUUCUACUGAUAUGAGCCACUCUGAAGAGAGCAGUUUUUCCUCCUUAAUGCAGAUUGAAGAGCCAGAGCAGACAACCACUAUAGAGCCCAAUAUGGUAACUGAAAAGACUUACAGUAAAGACUCUAACUCAUUCCGCUCCCAGAGAAAUCUGGAAGGCGACACACAGUUAAAUGAAGCAUCAUAUAACAAAUUUCUGAUUGAAAGAAAAUCCCUUGUGAGUUUAAUGCAUGAGGACCAAAUAAGUCCUAUGAAUGAGGUAUCAAAACCCAAGAAAAAUACCGCUCAGUUACCACCAUCCCUAGAAUUUGAUUACAAACCUGAGUCAGAACAAGCUAUACACACCACACAGGAUGAUAGUUCACAUUUAGAUGAACAGAACAUUGCCUGUGAGAUGAAUGAACUUCCUUGUACCAAUGAACUAGUUGUAAACAAAACAGAAAGUGAAUGUGUUUUAAAUCAAGUGCCCCUUAAUUCUCGAGACCACGUGAAGUUGCCAGCUAACAAACAGAUGCCUUUAGCAACAAGCGAGGAUUCCCAACAGAGCCAUCACCCCCCAGUAGAGGAUGGAGCAGAUGUCAUUGCUGAUACCCAAACCAUUCCCAUGGAGACAAAAAUGAAAGACAUCUCUCUAUCAGGUGACAAAACUUGUGGUGCCUCUUCAAACAACCCCACCUUAAAUAUCAAACCAGGAAGCCUAGAAAGAAAAAAUGAAAUGGCUGAUUCUGGAAUAGUCGAUCUACAUUCCAGACUUCUCUCAAGUAAAAAAGAAGCAGGAGGCUUGCCUCAGGAGGUCUCUGUUAUGGAAUGUCAAAGUGUUCAAUCUCAGGAUCUCUAUAGCUGUCAUUGUGUAAGUAAAAAUGCACGAGAAAAGAGCAUGUGUUCUGCUUGUGCUGCUUUUGAGUCCAGCAAAAUCAUCCCAAAAGUUGAAAACUCUUUAAUGACUAAGUGUGAAGAUGCAUUUCAGUACAGCAGUCACCACUCCCAAGGAAGAGAAGACUCCACAGGAAGUAGCACCCAUAAAGUGAGUUACACAUCGGAAGGAAGUGAGUUUGCUAGGGAAGAAACUAAAGACAGCCUCCCAGGAGAUAAGAUGAGAAACGAAAUGGCAGCAGGUGUGUUAAACAGUGAAGCUUCAGACAAGACCAUUCCCACCACCAGUCACACCCAGCCCAGUGAGGAAUGGCUGGAAGGAAAGGAACAGGAUGUACCUAAAGAGACUGUGUUUCACAAGUAUAACAUCUCUGACUGUGUAACACCAGAACCGAACUUAUCUACAAACAUUCCAAGCCCUAAAAAAUUGUUGGACCAGUCUCUUACUGUUACGUUCUCCAGUUUCAAAAACAUGAACCAAGCAGUUGAAACUCUUGGUCAGAAAGCAGAUGAAGUCCUUGACUGCCAGAGUAACCAAAACAUACCAGAUGAAUGCAGAAAUGAAGAUAAACCAGCUAAGGAGACACCAGAUGGUGACAAGAGAGAGGCUGUCACAGAACCAAACAGAGAGGUAAGCCACAACCAAAAGGAUCUGCUAGUUGGUUCAGCCAGUAACAACCCGUUGUCCAGUGGUAGUUCAAAGAAAGGCAUUUUGAAAGGAGACUCUGAACGUAUUCCUGGUUGUGAGGAGUCCACAGAUGGCAUGGUAGACAUCAUCUACACGAACUGCGGUAAUAAGUCCACAGAAGGCGUGUUAGACCUAAGAGCAUCUGGUACCCUUGACAGUGGUGCAGGGCAAGACAGACCGAUGUUACAGGAAACCUCAGUGAGUACUCUGUCUCAGAGAGGAGAACUAAAUGCUGCAUUUGUUGGAAUGAUUGGUCAGGACUCAGAUUUCCCAGAUGCUACUUCCUCUACAGUGGAGCCUCUAGAAAUUAAAAAAUCACGUGAAGAGAAAGUAUGCAGAUCAUUAAAAGAUUGUGAAAUGGAAGUGUGUCCAGACUCUUGUGCCCAUGAGAUAGAGUCUGUUGAAGAUCAUGAGCCAAAUAUAAGAACAUUGGAUAGAGUAAAUGUGUCCUUAGAUUGUGUUCAUCAUGAACAGCAAGUUAAAGAAGCACCCCUUAGAGAAACACAAGGAAUGAUUGAAGGAUCAAGACUGGAAAUAAAUUCUGAGUUGGACAAGGACAAUACCUUUGGAAUUUCCUCGAAAGAGUUGCUGUCUUCUGGAUGCCCAGAUGAGAACCCUGUUCCCAUAGGGAGCCUGAAACCCAUUGAGAUAAUACCUUCGUAUCUGUCUUCUCACGAAAAUUCAGAAAGUAAUGUUAAUAGUGACGAAACUGACCUGAAAAAUCUUUUUAAACCAAAAGAUCGUGAGAUGCUUUGUGAAAACGUGGAGCACGGCACAGUCCUGCCUGAGACAAAGGAAGCACGAGGGGAUGGGAGUAAUUCUAGUGAAGGAGUCAGAAUAGACAUUGGUGUGCAAAAUUUGUCCUUAACAAUGGAAACAGAAACUAAGUUGAAAGGAGAAAAAACUGAGGAACAUCAGAGGGGACUCGUGGGUCACUUAACUGUGAGCGAAGAGUCUGAGGAGAUGAUUACCAGAGAAGCUGGUCAUGGUGAUAAAGGAAGAGAGAUUUCUCAGACCCACUCUAAAUCCCAGAGGAUGCUUGGUGAUGUUGAAAAGCAACAAAGGCAGAGGGCUUUGGACGUCAUGUUGCAGAGUGAAGAGGAAUAUGUACAUCAAAAAGAAACACACACAAUAUUGGAACACUGCACAUCAUCUAACGUGUUAUCAGAUGAGUUGCAAGGUAAGAACCAAGCUAACGAUUGCAAAGGUGAGUCCACCAUGAUGAAGGAAAUCACUCUAGCAAAGCUGGCCAUGGGCGGCAGUGCUGCACAGUUUCAAAGGUUGGGAGAUCCAAAGGAGGAAAGCUUGUGUCAUCCAUUAAAAAGGGCCAUGGAGUCACGCACAGGUCCUUGCCUUCGUGGUGCCCCUCAGAAAGCACAAGACCCCAGCUCUGCUGGAUAUGAUGAAAUACACGGUGCCUUUGGGAACACUUCACAUCAGAAAAGAGUGCUUCCCUUAAAGAAGCAGCCCCAUCGGACAUGUAAGAAAGUUUCCUGUCAGGAGCAAGUCGACGUGGGGAAAAAAAUAAGUAAAAUCAGAAGUUCUGCCUUUUUAAAGAGUUCCUCUGAAACUAUCCCCACAAAAGCACACAGAUUUCUCAGUUCAUGUGCUGUGCCUGCACCCGCACAAUUGGAACCCGAAACAGAACCAACCAGGAGCUUAAUGAGCCACAUACCAAAGCAGAAGGUGACUCCGUGCCAUCCCUUGAGGAGCCUGAAUGUUAGGAAGCCUACCAAAGAAUCAGCCUUACUCAGCAAGCUGUCCAUUCUUGCCUCCAAACUGGUCCCAGCCACAAAGAUCCAGAAACUAAGGUAUCAGCGGUGUUCCUCUGAACUUCUUCCAGUGGCUAAAAGCUACAAGCGGCUCCGAUACAAAAGGCUUCUGGAUGGAUUUUCAUACAAUACAAUGCAGCUGAAUCCAUAUUUGGCAGCUAGUGGAUGGGAUAAGAGACCUAACAGUAAGCCCUUGACACUUUAUUCGCUGGAAGCCAUCAAAAUGAGCUUCAUAGAUUUGAGCAACAAGGAGCCAUCACUGCUGUUUGGUUCCGAAAUUUUCCCGAUAUCUUUUCACAUGAAAUCGGGCUCUGAGUGCAUGACCGAGUCCCCAAGGACUUUUCCUGAGCACUGUGCUCCAGCCAGGCUCGCCUUAGGAGAGGCCCCCAGGUGCCUGUCUCAACCUCCCAAGUGGACCUUUUCUUUCUUCUUGUCCCACAGUUGUCCUGGGAUGGCCACAUUCAGGGAAGACACGGGCCUCCAUGGCCAGACACGUGCCCAGGCUCCUUCACAGUCUCCAGGUCCUCUCCAAGACUAUGGAGGCACUGCCGUAGUCCAGACCAGAGCAGGCUGCUCUGUCCUUGGCCUUCACACACUUCUAGCACUUUGUUCUCCUGGAUGUUACCGAAUCUGGACAAAAAAACGGAGCUUCUCUAGUCACAUGCCUGCCAUGCAGAGGCUCUUCAUGACCCAGUUUACACAGGGCUUAAAAGGGUUAAGAUCUCCAGCCUCCAUAGCAGACAAGGUCUUCUGUACUCUUCCCUACUCGGUGGGCCGAGUGCUAUCCAUUUGGAGCCAGCAUGGGCCUUCUGCCUGCCCCUUCGAAAUCUCUACUCUUCAUUCCACUCACAGCAAGCGGCAGCCAACUCUGAGCGCCACGAGCAGCCACACCAUGUUACCAUAUGUGCCUCUUCCAGGCGUGGAAGCUACUUAUAAUGCCAGUGGCAGUCAGAUGAGACUAGAGCCUCCGUUCCCUGCCUUGGUACCAAAGUCUUGCUUGGUAACAGACUCAGCUGUCAGCAAGCUCCUGCUUUCAGCCUCCGAGUUCCAGGUUCCUGAAUUUGAUGAGCUGAAUAGUGUGGCAGUGGCAUGCCCCCAUCCACAGAGCAGCCCUCCAGAACAGAAGGAGGCUGAGCCAGAGAAGAGGCCAAAGAAAGUCUCACAGAUUCGUAUCCGGAAAACCAUUCCUAAGCCAGACCCUAAUCUUACCCCCAUGGGCCUUCCUCGACCCAAAAGGUUGAAGAAAAAGGAGUUUAGUUUAGAAGAAAUCUAUACCAAUAAGAAUUAUAAGUCUCCUCCUGCAAACAGGUGUUUGGAGACCAUCUUUGAGGAACCCAAGGAACGAAAUGGUACGCUAAUCUCAAUCAGCCAGCAGAAGAGAAAACGAGUUCUAGAAUUUCAGGAUUUUACUGUCCCACGGAAGAGAAGAGCUCGUGGCAAGGUCAAGGUGGCAGGCAGCUUUACCAGGGCCCAGAAGGCGGCUCUGCAGAGUCGAGAGCUGGAUGCUCUGUUGAUCCAGAAACUAAUGGAAUUGGAGACCUUUUUUGCCAAGGAAGAGGAGGAGCAGGAGCGGCCAACUGGUUGUUGAGAAGCAAUUCGGUUUGGGGAUCUCAAUUUUAGAUUUUCCAGGCUCCUUGGAAGAGGUUGCCUGAUUUUGUCCUACCGCCCAAACUACUCAAAAUGCAGUCAGUCCAUGGAUUUUUACCUAUUUUAAGGUGCAACCUUUUUAGGAAAUGGUGAAGGAGGGUCCUCUGCUUCUACUGCUGAGUAUUGAACCUCAGGAAUGCUCCCUUUCUCCUGGAAAUGGUCCUGAAUGACAUCUGGCCUCCUCCCCCACUGGCCACCCUCAGGAGGCGGACAGAGCACACCUUCAGUAACACUAGGAUUCCAAGGACUCACAGCAUUUGCACGUCUGUGUGAAAGUUCUGCAUUGUUUACGGUGGUGCUAGACCAAGAUUAUUUAGAGACGUGGCCUAGGGAGGGGGACCUGGCGUCCUGUCCUGUGUGGUCUCACCGGCUCAUUUCAGUAGUUGAGGAAAGAUGAGCUGCUGUGUUUCCUAAUCCUUUGAGUCCAUCUGCCCAGAACCGUGUGUAUGUGUAUAUGUGUGUGUGUGUGUGUGUGUGUGUGGCUUUUUCCCAUCAUUUUCUCCCCUCUGUGACUGUGGGUCACUAGUGCCAGAGGAGCCCGUCCAGGCCCCAUUCGAAGUAAGUUGCACUUUUUAAUGUUGUGGUGUUGAUUAUUUUCAUUGUUUUUUUUCCUUUUUUUUUUUUUUUUUUGUAUUAUUGCUGCAUGUUUGGAGCCUUUAAAUGUGAUUUUAAAACAAAUUUUUUAAGACAUCAAGGAGAAAGACAAUACAUGUCUUCGGAAUAUAUGACAGGCAUUUGACCCAGUAUAUCAGUGCAUGGUAUGGAACAGUGGAGAGACAUUUUCCCAUCAUGUGUUUCAAGCAGCCCUGCAGCCCCUUCCCCAUCUUCCGGUGUAGCUCAUUAGAGAGAGUACUUUUUCAUCUGGGUUCAUUCUUGCUCACUUAAGCUGAUGUGUUUAUUUUAAUGAUGGAAGUAAGAGCAGCUUUUCCUCCCAGUCAUUUAAAAAAUGUGAAUGUUGGGUGUGGUCUUAAUGGAUUUUAUCCGAAGUGGUAGUAAGUAUAUAACAAAGUUGGAUGCAACAGCUCAGGCAGUGAUAAAGGCCAACCCAGAGUGUUUGCAGCCAUCAGAGCAACUUGCUCCAAAAGUGGGGAGUGAGACAGGACGUGGUUUGGACCCAGUGAUGCAUCCUUGCAGUGGGAUCAUGAAAUCCCACCACCAACCCUCUCUGAGGACACCAUCAUAUUUGGGGCUCCUAUGUCAAACCUACUGGAAAUUCUGUGGAGUGCCAGAGUUAGUGGAGUUCCUUCAUGUAGGCCCACAGGAGUCUGUGGGCAGAAGGAUGCUGUGUGGGUCCGCCAGGCCCAGACGUGUCGUUCUUUUUCCACUUAACUUCUGUGUGCCCUUGCCCUGUUUCCCCCUACCUCCUUCCCUUGUAUUUUAUCUUUCUUUCUCUCUUGCUCUCAAAACAAAAGUUCAGAGAAUUAACAUUCCUUGGCUGGUGAGUGAGAUGCUACACCCAGCCUCAGGACACUGGUCACCUCUUCCCAUUCUCCUAGGAGCCACUGCUAGGAAGUAUCCACCCAUGGAGACUGUCAGAACUCCAGAGAUAUUUUCAAAGCCAGUCUGUUAGAGAAGAGUGAGUGGUGCCGUCCUGGAGUGUGUCUCCUAGGGUUCCUUUGUCUCCCCAUUUGUGAGUGGGUGGGGAGAUGGGUUGGGGGCGGGGGGGGUCUCUAUGUGCCUUUCCUUUGCAGGUUGACAGUCUAUGCCACACUGGAGCAGAAGAACUGACAUGAGCAAGAAAAAAUAAAAAGUGCCACAUCUGUCUUCUAGGCCCACUGCCUCAGACAUAGCAUUUAGUAAGUGAAAUACAUACCUGGUGACCCACAGAGGCUUCUAAGGACAUGGCCAAAUAGCAUUAGAAGAGAGCCACACUUCCACACUGGCUCCGAAUGAUGUGAACCAGAUUCCAUCGUUCUAUAUCCGCUUUGCCCAGACUGUAUAGACACGACCUGUGUUUCACCUCAGUACCUCUCCCUUCCUGGGACAGGGUCCUUAGACACUAAAUGCUUCUCUCUGUCUUUUUGCCUAAAGGAGUGGGAUUAGUAAUCCAUUGCACCCUCCAACAGACAUUUUUAGGGAGUGCUGCUGGACAGCUUGGAAACUCCCAGCAACUCAACAGAGCCCUGUUUGCCGGCUCCAUUGCCAGUGUAGACGAGUCACCAAUGAGGCAGCCAUGUCAUCCAGCAGACUGAAAUUGAGUGGGCACACCUGUGGCAUCACCACCAUUACAGAGACACAAUUUCAAGUUUGCCCUUAAUAGGCAUGGCACUUGGAAGAGCCAGGAGCAGUGAUUUGGAACGUUGGAGGAAUGGAAGAAGGCCUGGGCUCUCUUCUUGUCCUGGCAGUGUGGGAGAGAAGCAGCUCUAGGCAGCCCUGCCCAUCCUUGAAAUUCUUGGUCUGCCCCCAGACUAUGGGCCUUCCCCUGCUCCAAAGUUAAGAAGGGGCCCCCAUUGCAAACUUGAGAUUGCUUACCUGAAGUCGAUACAUCAAGUUCUAGCCGCACUCAGCCACACCUGUCUUAGCAUCCAUUUUCAUCGUUGGCCUGGCCAGCUGCAACGCUAUCUGUGGUCCUUGGAGCCUGUGGAAGCUGCCCACUGUGGGAGGCAUUAGUCGACUGCUGGCACACCACCUGUCCAGAGCUACUGGAGGUCUUCUGGGUUGGAGGCUGGUACAAUUUCUGAGUAUGGGGACUUCCCACACCAAAUGGUGGGAAGUUACAAUUAACUAUGAUUUACUCAGCUAUAACUCAACUCCAGAGGCUUAGUGUUUUUCAUAUGGGAAAGAGAGGAGAAAUCUCAGGUCCAAUCAGGGUUCUGCCCAUCAGCUUUUCACUGAAACUUCAACCAUGGGUUGGUUUGGUUUUUGUUUUGGGGGGUUUUUUUUCAUCCUUCAGUUUAUAGCUGUAUUUGCCCCUCAUCUGCUCCCCACCCACUUUCCCCUUCUCUUUUGGUCGCCUUUCCAGCUUCAUUUCUUCAUUAGCUUAAAUGUACCUCAUCACGUAUUCAAGCAGAUUAUGUCCACUUUUUCUUAGUGACCUUACUCGAAGAGCUACAGCUGAGGGAGGUACGGUGGAAAGACAUGUAGCGUUUGCCUUACUUGGAGCCUGAAGAGCUUAGAAAGCUCAUGCUGUGAAUCCCAAAACUCAGCGCUCCUUCAAGAGCUGUGAAAAUCAUGACACUUUGUCACAGUUUUGCCUGAAAGGGUCUUUUGCGUGGGCACCAGAGCCAACCUGAGGUUAAUUCCAGAUCCUACUGUCUGGGCAUGAUCCCUCCCCCCAGGGCUCACUCCCUGCCCGCCAGACCGAGAGCAGUGUGGAGUGUGCAGGACUGGGGCAGCAGAGCCAAGGCUUUGGCGCAGCCUAACGGAACGCACAGCCAGCGCUCCGUCCCCAGGCUUGGAUUCCAUCUCAUAAUACCAUGUACAUUAACACCCGCGGAAGACCAACUUUUAGUCAGUGAUACUUUUCUCCCAUCACCUGAGGGAGGAGUAUGCAGUUGGUGCUUUCUUUAAUUCCCCUGUUUUGUUUUGUAUCUCGAAGCUUUUCCCCUGGUAUCAUGGAAAGGACCUCUUAAACACCACAUUGUGGGUGGCUGUAUCCAAAGUCUAAAUACUUGGCCAGAGGUAUGGAGUAGCCUUUCCUGGAUUCAUGCAAGGGAAGGGCUCUUUACCACAACUGCACUUCUUAAUGUAAACAGCUGGCUUCAGAGGAAGGCUUAAUUUUACAAAAAUAGAAGUUUUAUAUUAUCUAACCACAAAUUGAGCAGCAAGCGCUAAUUUGAUUAUAAAGUGAGGGUCCCCAUAUAGCCCACCAUCUAGCACAGCAUAUUCUCGGAUUGAUGCUUGUUCAUUGUGUGUCUUCAUGAGCCCCUCCCUGGUGCUGAAUUGGAUUUGAAUUCUUGGCGAGAGGCCUCAGCAUCUCCUUGGGCUGGUCUGGGCCAGUAAAUAGCUGCCUGAAGUGUUUAUAUAUUAUCAUGGUCAAUAGUUCAGUGAAAUUUGUACAUUUUUGGUAACAUUGGCAUACCAGAUGCCCCUCCAGUUCCUUUUCUGUUUGGUAGUUUGUGACUCUAAAAUUCCCACUGUUAUGUGUGUUAAUUUAUGAAAAUAAAAAAAAAAUUUUUUUGAAAACCUUUCAAA